CAUCAUCCAUGGCCUGUUGUUUUAAUAAUCAGUUCAAAGGGCUAGAACCCAAACCCACAUGCACAAAAGCAAGAGGCCACGUUAGUCCCUUUUUUUAUUUUUAUUUUUUUUGCCCCCUCAGCAGAACCGAGCUAACAUAUAAAUUCAAAAGGGAACAGGGAUUCCCAAGGGCAUCCAAAUACCCUUCCCUUCCCUUCCCUUCCCUUCUCCUUUGCUGUGACUCUCAAGCAAACCCACCAACUCCUAAAUUUAAUAUCAAUGUCACCAGCAGACCCCACCAUAUCUUUCAAUAAUCUAAAAUUAUGUCUUAUUUUAUGCUCAAAUUAUUGCAGAGAAGCUUCUUAAUUAAAAACACUGCCUCUGCUCUCCACAGUGAGAGGGAGAGAUCUGCUACCUUCGUGCUCUCUAUCCUCUAUAAUGCCGAGGAAAUAGUAUAGGAGGAAAUGAUGGUGGACUGAAGGUUAGAUCUCAGAGAUGUUCAAGGCAGGGAGAUGGAGGGCCGAGAAGAACAAGAUCAAAGCUGUGUUCAAAUUCCAGUUCAAAGCAACCCAGGUGCCUGUCGGUGGAUGGGAGGCAAUGGUGGUAACUUUGGUCCCUGCGGACGCCGGAAAGCCGAGCCUGAGAUCGGAGAAGACCGCAGUUGUCAAUGGAGAGUGUCACUGGUUGAAUCCAAUAUAUGAGACCGUGAAGCUCAACCUGGACCAAAAAAAUGGAAAGAUCGGUAGCAAAAUCUACCAGUUUAUUGUUUCAGCAACUGGAUCGGCGAAAUCUGGGGUGUUAGGAGAAACCAACAUUAAUUUAGCGGAUUACGCGGUGGUGUAUAAGCCUACCUCGGUUUCUCUCCAGCUCCAAGAUUCAGACAAUCGAGCCACCCUGCAUGUUAUCAUACAGAGAGUGCAGGGUGAUGCUGAAGGAAGGGAAGUUCCUGAAAAUGGAGAAACGCAGAUAGAAACAUCUGAAAACAGAGGUGCAACUGGGAAUAAGCAGCGAAGGACAUUGAGGAGCCAGUUAAGCGAUCCAGAGUUUGAAGAAAGUAGCAUACCAGCCAGCGGUGCAAAUGCUGAACAGGAAGGAUCAUUCAUAAACAAUAAGGCACUGAUUAAGUUCCAUUCUGCCAUAAAUAUGCCUCUACAUGACGAUUUAAGUGGCAACCUCAGAAAGUCUAGCAGCUCGGAUGGUAUAUCAGUUUCAGGUUCAGAAAGCAGUUCAGGACAACAUACACCAAAAGGGAAUGGAAUCAAGAAUAAUAUUGCCCAUCAGGGAAAUGCAAGCAUGCUAUCACCUCUUAGCAGCAGUACUCCUCCUCGAAAUAUUGGUUGGCCUCUGGCUUUAGCAAUUAAUGGAAGUACUGCUGGAUUGACAAAUAGUUCAGAAGAGAGUGGUAGAAUUCUUGAGAAACAGAAAAGUGAUUGCGAUGUUUUGGCUAGGCAGUUAGAAUUAUCAGAGCUGGAACUUCAGACGCUUCGAAAGCAAGUCGUGAAGGAGCGCAGGCGAGGACAAGAUUUUUUGAGGGAAUUAAGUAGCCUAAAAGAGGAAAGAGAUGCACUUAGAAAAGAAGUUGAUGAACUUAAGGCCUCCAAGAAAAGAGCAGCUGAUGAUGAGAAUGUCUCAGCUAUGAUGCAGUUUGGGGCCAAAGAUCCAUGGUCAAUGCUAGAAGAAAUGAAAAAAGAGUUGGAUCAUGAGAAAAACUUGAAUUCCAAUCUUCAGCUACAAUUGCAGAAGACACAGGAAUCAAAUUCUGAGCUAAUAUUUGCUGUCAGAGAUCUUGAGGGACUGCUGGAACAGAAAAAUAUGGAAAAGUCCAGUGAUCAUGAGGAUUCCCAAGGACUGGGAUGCCAAAAUCAUUUAUCUCAUUCGAGGAAUUUGGAAGUCAAGCCAGAGUCCUUUCAAACUACUUCAGACCAUGAGGAAGAACAAUAUGAACUGGAUAUUCUAAUUAAGGAGCGUAAUGAUAUGAAACUAGCAUAUUGUCAAGAGCAGAAGAUUUUAAACCUGAACAGUGAACUAGAAUUGUAUAAGAAAGACCAUGAAGACCUAGAGAUUCAAAUAGAACAGCUUGCAUUGGAUUAUGAGAUUUUGAAACAAGAAAAUCAUGACAUCUCAUCUCGACUUGAGCAGACCCAGCUGCGGGAACAGCUAAGGAUGCAGUAUGAUUGUUCCGCGCAUUUAGCCAUCAUAAAUGAUCUUGAGUCUCACAUUGAGACCCUGGAAAAAGAACUUGAGAAACAAGCUGAGGCUUAUGAAGCUAAUCUAGCAAAUGUAAUACAGGCCAAAGUUGAGCAAGAGCAAAGGGCCAUAAAGGCAGAGGGAGAAUUGAGAAAGACUAGGUGGAAAAAUGCUAGCACUGUCAAACAGCUUCAGGAGGAAUUUAAGAGGCUAUCAUCUCAAAUAUCAACCACAUUUUGUGCAAAUGAGGAUCUGGUAAUGAACACACUAGAGGAAUCAAGAGCAUUGCGUAUGGAGAAAUGCCGUAUGGAAGCACUGUUGGAGAAAAAUGUUGAGGAACUUUCAUCUUUGCAGAGCCAACAUCAUGUAAAAUGUCAGCUGCUUCUUAGCCUUGUAGACUUCAAAACAAAAGAAGCAGAAGAGCUACAUCUUGAACUUAGAGAUAAAAGGAAGGAGCUUGAUGAUUUACGGAAAUCUGAUGAAGCACGACAAAAGGCUUUCAGGGAAGAAAAUUCAAUACUUAUAGCUGAGAUGGAGCAGCUCUCAAGAGAGAAAAGUCUUCUUCUUGCAGAAAUAGAACAGAAGGAAAAGCUGGUAGCUGAGAUACAAGAAAUAAGGACGUCAAGAAAAGACAUGGAACUGAUGCUACAAAAAAGAAACUUGGAGAGGAAUGUGCUUGUCGAAGAACUUUCUGUGUUAAAAGAGGAAUCAAAAAGCUCACUGGAGGAACUAAAUACCUUGAGGCGUUUAAAGGAUGAUCAAGAAGCCACAGUCAGAACUCUAACCUUAAAGGUAGAAGCCCUCACGGCACAGUAUAAUGACUUGAAAAAUGGGUUGCCUGAUGAUAGCUUAGAAAAGGAGAACCUGAGGAAAGAAGUCCUGUUACUAAGAGGAAGCCUUAGGAAGGAAGCAGACAAUAUUGCAAGCAUAGAGAAAAGGUUCAAAGACAAAAAGUCAAACCUAACGGUUUCAGAAGGAAUCCCAAUGAUAAAUACUAGAGGCGAAAGCAAAAGUCCUUACCAAGGUGCUCAUGGCUCUGAAAGAGUUGCUGACUUGCAUGAGGACUAUAAACCUUUUGAUGACGAAAGUGAUUCUAACGAGAAGUUUCAGAAUGAUAACACAAGGAGUCUAAAUAUCAGCGGGGGUUAUUUGCUGGAGAAAAUGGUUCAGGGUGAACAAUUCACAAAUUAUUCACAUGAAGAUCACGAUGAGAGAAUCAGAAGCAAUUUCAAUGCAAAUACACAGACAGAAGUAGAGGCUUCAGUUUCCUGCCCCGGUGAUCCAUAUAAAAUAGCUGGGUUACUAUCCCAAAUGGCAGAACUGAAACAACAAAAUGAAUCAAUGGAAGCAGAUCUAAAAGAAAUGCAAGAAAGGUACUCAGAGAUGAGCUUAAGGUUUGCAGAAGUGGAAGGUGAAAGACAACAGCUUGUAAUAAAAAUUCGCACUCUUAAAAAUGCUACAAAGAACUAGUUUUUUCUUCCCACCUCUUUCAGCAUACUUCAGAGAGGAACCUGUACAGGCAAGGAACUGGGUAUGCUAGAUGGAAUAUCCAGGACUUGCACAGACAGUAGCAAUUGGUUAGGAAAAAAUAUGAUAUACACAUCCACAAUGGAUUUUUCUCUCUUUCACCUGGAUGCUAUAUGUUUCCCUGUCUUAAUGAAUGUUAAUUGAUCGUUUGACUUUA